AUGGAGACAACCACAAACUAUCUUUCGCUUCCCGCAAUUGCGGAGUUCAUCACCGCAUACGAGACUAAGCCAACUGCUGAGAAUGCCAAGAUCAUGGUGAGCGGUCUCCUGGCUUACGCCUUCGAUUCAAAUGAUGGCUGGGUCCUCAAGUGGCAAGAGGACGAGGAGAACAACCACUCGAACUGCUUUGUCGUGAGAGCCGUUGGCGAAGACAGGUCCCUGCACACCAUCGUGAAGGUUAUCCUCGACCCGGCUGGUUCAAUCAAGGACAACUGGGAUCAAUCUGUUCCACGCUUGAGCAGUGCCCCGCUGCCCAGUGAGAGAUGCUGGGCAAUCCUCAUCCGUGGCAUCAAAGUCCGACUUUACGAAUACCACCGCGACCAAGAGCCCGACGACCGUCUGGUUCCCUGUGACUUCAAGCUUGCCGACAAGACAAGGCAUGCGGUUCAUAUUCGCAAAAAUGCUGAUGCAAUCAACAAUCUUCUCACCAGCAUCCCUAACCAGGUCCCCCUGCCACUCGAGGAAGGUGAACACGGCAACCCGUCUCUGAAUGACUGUGCCACCGACAUCCCAACUGAGUCGCAGGUUUCCCUGGAUGCUACUCUUGAGAAUGUCUCUACCUCUGGCGCGUACGUGGAGUCAUCCUCUGAGGACCCUCCCACUGAGGCUAGCGAGGAAAGGACCCCCACUAGUGAGGACAAGACGCCUACCGUGGCCGAGCCUGUCGCUGAGAAUGAGGCCGCUACCCAGGCCAGGACAGCAACCAAGGUCGAUACUACUACCUCCCAGCCCAAGUGUACCACCGAGGCCAAGGCUGCAAUUCUAGCCAGGGCCGCAGCUGGGGCCAAGAGUACCCAGGCCAAGACUGGUGCUGGGGUCAAGAAUGGCACUCAAGCCAAAACUGGUAGUCAAGCUAAGGCUGCUCUGCUAGCGAAGGGGGUUGCUGGGAUGAAGAUCACUCCGAAAGUCAAGCCUGCGAAUGUGACUGAGGUUGUAAGACAUACAGACACAGACUAG